AUGAAGCACAACAAGUCCAUCCUCGCGCUCGCCGUCUCGUCACAAUAUAUUUUUGCUGGAACCCAGGGUGGAGAGAUUCUCGUAUACAGUCUCGACACGUAUGAGCGACGGAAAGCGAUCCAGGCGCACAAGGGUAGUGUCUUGGGCUUGUGUCUGCCGCAGGACCAGAAGCUGCUUUUCUCCAGCGCGACAGACCCAAUCGUCAACGUCUGGUGUACGGCAACCUUCCGCCAUCUCUACGCGUUGUGGUCACCACAUGACAUUGGGGAUAUAUUCUGCGUCGCGUACUCAACAUAUCACCGCACUGUCUAUCUCGGCGCGCAAAACACGAGUAUACAGCAGUGGUAUGACCUCAAAGAGAAGGACGCCCGUCCCCGUCCCGACCUCGCCUCACACCCCUCCGAACGCAAGAACAGGUUCUUCGAUUCUCUCGGCCCUGGUGGCGUACGAACACCCAAACCCAGCGGCGCCGAUAGCAGAUCGCGAGACGCCGUGGGUGGUCAGGAGCUCCAGAUAGACAGCCAGGACAUCUACCAAUUUGCGCAUUUUGGCUAUGUCCAUUGCAUGCUCCUAGGACGAGGCAUCUUGCCAGAAGCGCCGGGAGAGGAAGUGCUGGUUUCUGGCGGUGGAGAUGGACGUAUACUUCUGUGGCGCAUUGAUCCGACACGCCGUGGUGCCAUUUCGAAUAUCUGCGCGCUCGAGGAUGGUAGGGAAGAAGGAGAGAGCAUCCUCUCGCUGGCGCGGGAAGGCUCAUUUCUAUACAGUGGAAGAUUCGAUGGAGAGGUCAACGUGUGGGACUUGGAAACACGACAAUUAGUGAGGAGUUUGAAGGCAACCACAGGAGAUGUUCACACCUUGACGUUGGGGGCUGGGGUACUCUUUGCUGGGGGGAAGUCGGGCAUGGUGCAGAAAUUUAACGAGCACUAUGAGACGGUUGCAUCUUUCAAGGCGCACAGUGGCAUCAUUCUCGCCUCAGCAUUCACCACAUACAACGACAAGCCAGUGCUGGUCACUGGGGGUAACGAUGACACAAUUGUUAUCUGGGAGGUGCGAGAUUGCGCGGAGCCCACAGCAGCCGCUCGAAGAAGCAAUAACGACCUCAUGGUUGAGUCGCUCACUCAGUUUGUCUCCUUCAAAACCGUUUCGUCACUUCCCAAAUAUCGUGCCGAUUGCCGAAGAGGCGCGUCCUUUCUCAGAUCUGUCUUCCAAAACUUCGGCGCCGUCACAGAGAUGAUCAACACCAGCGAGCCCUAUAAUCCCAUCGUAUUCGCCAAAUUUCGUGGAAACCCUGCCACUGCAGCAUCGCGGAAAAAGAUCCUCUUUUAUGGCCAUUACGACGUCAUUCCCGCCGAAAACGAACACCGAAAAUGGAAGCACGACCCCUUUGCCUUGACAGGCGAAGGCGGCUACCUCUACGGCCGUGGCGUAUCUGAUAACAAAGGACCAAUCAUAGCAGCCAUAUAUGCUGCACAUGAGCUGGCUAGAGAGCAAAAACUCGAUUCUGAUAUUAUCUUCCUGAUCGAAGGUGAAGAAGAGAGCGGAUCACGUGGCUUCGAAAAAGCAGUGCAAACGCGUAAAGACCUUAUCGGGGAUGUUGAUUGGAUUCUGCUCGCCAACAGCUACUGGCUCGACGAUCAUGUGCCGUGUCUCACCUAUGGCUUACGAGGUGUGAUUCACGCGUCGGUACAGAUUGAAAGCAAACAUCCGGAUUUGCAUAGUGGUGUAGACGGAAGCGCGCUACUCGAUGAACCGCUGAAAGAUCUUGUCAUGCUACUGAGCAAGCUGACAGGAAAGCAUGGCAAAGUUCAAAUACCAGGAUUCUACGAUCCCAUCUUGCCGCUGACAGACGACGAGAGGGGUCUGUACACUGAGAUUACCGAGACUCUUCUUCGCGGCAAUCCAGAUCUGGGCGACCCAGAAGAACUCGCACAAUCGCUUAUGAGGCGAUGGCGAGAGGCGUCGCUCACAAUCCACAGGUUCCAGACGAGCGGACCGGAGAACUCGACCAUCAUCCCCAGACUGGCAAAGUCGGCCCUCUCGAUUCGCCUUGUCCCCAACCAAGAAGCGUCGGAUGUCGCGCGCGCAUUGGUCGCCUUCCUGCAGGAAGAAUUUGAGGAGCUGGAAUCCAAGAACAAGCUACAUGUUACAAUCGAUCACCAAGCAGAACCCUGGCUCGGCGACUACAACAACGAGAUCUUCCAGAGCUUGGAACGCGCCGUGGUAGAAGUAUGGGGCCCGACACUUGGACGUAACAACGCAUCGCCUUCCACAUCAUCAUCAGCUUUGUCCGUGCCACUCAGUCCUGGCCUGAGACCCUCCCCUGCUACUUCCAACACCCUCGCUAACUCGUCUGAUCCCGUCUUGUCCUCCCCCGCGUUGACAAUCCCGCCCCUGACUACCACAUCUCCCCCUGUACAAAAACCCCUCUACAUCCGCGAAGGUGGAUCAAUCCCCAGUAUCCGGUUCCUCGAGAAGGAAUUCGGCGCUCCUGCUGCGCAUCUUCCCUGUGGCCAGGCGAGUGAUAGUGCGCAUUUGGAUAAUGAGAGGUUGCGGUUGGUUAAUCUGCUGAAUAGUAAGAAGAUCUUCAAGAGCGUUUUUAGGGAGUUGGGGAGUAUCGAGGGGGAGGGGACGAUAUAA